CUAACCCUACUGCAUAAUCCAAAGGCGCUCUUGCUCUCUUUUCGUUUCCAUAACCUCUCUCUCUCUUUCUUUCUCUCUCUAGGGUUUCUGCGAGUAAGAGGUUUGUCUUCUUGAAUAUUUACAUUCUCAUUAUCGGCUUUUGUAUAAUCUAAAUCGACAACAACUCGGAACUUGCAAAUUAUCAAAAAGAAAAAAAAAAACUCGGAACUCGCCCAAAAGGAACUGCGGAAAAAAAAGCUCGAAAUUUUGCUGUAAUGGGGGAAACUGGGAAGCGAUUUCGGUUGCAGAGAGACCACCAUGACGGCGAAGGCAAGAACCAGAGGCGGCGAACGAGCGAUAGCAGAGACGAAAGGCAAAGCCAGGAGCUGAUUGUGUAUCGGAUUCUGUGCCCAGUCGGAGUUAUAGGAAGUGUCAUUGGAAAGAGCGGGAAGGUGAUAAAUUCCAUUAGGCAAGAGACUAGGGCAAAGAUUAAGGUCGUCGAUCCGUUUCCCGGUGCGAACCACCGGGUUUUGACGAUCUACUGCUACGUUAGGGAGAAGGACGAGGUUGAAAUUGAGGACGAGUUCAGUGAGCGGAGGCCUCUCUGCGCUGCGCAAGACGCGCUUCUCAAAGUCCAUGUCGCCAUUGCAAAUGCGGUGGCUACGGUUGGGGAUUCGGAUAGGAAGCGGAGGGAUAGGGAUAGGGAUAAGGAUAAGGCGGAGGAAUGUCAGAUUCUUGUUCCGACGAGCCAGUCUGCGAAUGUGAUUGGUAAGGCCGGGGCGACGAUUAAGAGAUUGAGAAGCAAGAUGAGGACGAGCAUUAAAGUUAGCUCCAAGGAUCCUAGCGACCCCACGCAUUCAUGUGCAAUGGAGUUUGACAAUUUUGUUCAAAUUACUGGUGAAUCAGAUGGAGUGAGAAAAGCCUUAUUUGCAAUUUCUUCAAUUAUGUACAAGUUCUCUCCAAAGGAAGAGAUAUCUCUUGAGACAACUGUGCCAGAAGCCCCGCCAAGCAUAAUUAUCCCAUCAGAUGUUCCAGUUUAUCCACCAAGUGGGAUAUAUCGAAGUACAGAUUCUAUUCUCACCCCUAGGUCUUAUCCUCCGAUUUUAGGCACUACGCAUUUACCGGAUAUUCAGGGUUAUGCAGAUGCUGGAAAUACAUGGUCUCUUUAUUCAUCUGCUCUUCCUGUAGUGUCUGGCUUUAGUGCCGCCUCUCGGUCUGAGGAGUUAGUUGUGAGGGUUUUGUGUCCUUUUGACAAGAUUGGACGUGUAAUUGGCAAGGGUGGGAGUACCAUUAAAAGUAUAAGGCAGGCCAGUGGUGCUCGUGUUGAGGUUGACGAUACAAAGGAUGGUCGUGAUGAGUGCAUCAUUACCAUAACUUCAACUGAGUCAGCAGAUGACCUGAAGUCUAUGGCCGUUGAAGCUGUUUUAUUGCUUCAAGGGAAGAUAAAUGACGAAGAUGAUGAGACAGUUUCUAUCCGACUUCUUGUUCCAUCUAAAGUUAUCGGAUGUAUCAUUGGAAAAAGUGGUUCAAUUAUCAACGAAAUUCGUAAGAGAACAAAAGCUGAUGUGCGUAUCUCAAAGGGUGAUAAGCCUAGAUGUGCUGAUAUCAAUGAUGAACUUGUUGAGUUAUCAGGAGAAGUUGGUAAUGUAAACGAUGCACUUAUUCAGAUUGUUUUAAGGCUCCGAGAUGAUGUAUUGAGAGAUAGAGAUGGUGUGGGUAACCCCACUGCCGCUACUGAAUCUCUAUAUUCAGGUGGCACUAGUCUUUCAGUGCCAUCAGUAUUGCCUUCUGUUUCCCAGGUGGCUCCUUUAGGUUAUGAUCAGAGGACUGAAAGUGGAAGUGGCUUGGGCAUGAUUUCAUCGAGCAGCCUCUAUGGAUAUGGAUCUUUGUCGCUGGGAGAAAAUGGCUAUGGCUCAACGUCUUCCUAUUCAUCCAAGUUUUAUGGAGGGUUGGCACCUUCUUCUUCACUUGAGAUGCUGAUCCCUGCUAAUGCAGUGGGUAAAGUUAUGGGCAAAGGAGGGGCAAAUUUAGCUAACAUUCGAAAGAUCUCUGGAGCAGUGGUAGAAAUUUCUGAGUCUAAAACUUCUCGGGGAGACCGUAUUGCUCAUAUAUCUGGAACACCGGAACAAAAGCGUACAGCAGAGAGCCUGAUUCAGGCGUUUAUGAUGGCCACAUAAAGUUUUAAGGAUGCUUCUUGGUGUUGUGAAGGUGAAAAGUUAAAUUCUGGUCAAUUCCCUCUCAUGUUUCCUCUCCAUAGCUCCCUUAGGUUUUGGUUCUGGGAGAGGGAAUCUUUUAUAGAAAUAUUUAUCGAGCUUCUCCUGACCCUUCCAUAGCGGCAACCGUCAAGAUCAUGCUGGAGGAUUCACUACUAUUUUAUGUUUAUGGGGUAUAGGAUUCUGUCUUUUGUCUUAUUCUAAUCUGCAAUACCAUCGAACUUAGGAACUUAGUGGGUUCUUUCUUUCCUUGCAUAUUUGCUUUUCUGCUCGUUUUCUUGUCUAGUGUAGGUCUUCAGAUUUCCAACGCUAGCAUACUCUGAUUUGACGUUCGUGCCGGAGAAAUUAGUUCAAUAUUGACCAUAAUUUUGUCAAAUCUUAU